CAUAAAGGUAUCGACGAAUGGAUUUAUGUUGCUGUUAAACUUGCCUGUAAGUUAUUCACAUACACAGAAUUCACAAACAGGAGAAUUUUUUGUAUAGCUAGCAUCUAAGUUGCUAGCCAACGUCAUCUACAGGACGGGAGAUUUCACGCAUCAGAGGAAGUCAGUCCUGAUUCGAAGGACAGUAUGGUAGAGGUGAUUGUGGAGUAUGAGUAUGAGGCACAUCAUGAAGACGAGCUGACCCUCAGACAGGGGGACAUCAUAACCAACGUGCGGAGGAUAGAAGAGGAGGGAUGGAUGGAAGGAGAGCUCAAUGGGAGGAGAGGCGUUUUCCCUGACAACUUUGUCAAGGAGGUCAGGAGAGAGUCCAAAGGGGAUGUGAAAGAAGCAAAAGAGGCGAAGGAGGUGAAAGAGGAGACCCAGGUGACCCGCAGGUCAGCAGGGAAUGUGGCCAGUCUGGUUCAGAGGAUCAGCACUUAUGGCAUCCCAACAGGAGGACUGGGACUGCAGCCUCACUUCCAACCACGUGGCUCCACAAAGAAGCCUAGAAAACGUCACUGCAAGGCUUUGUUUGAGUAUGUGCCUCAGAACGAGGAUGAGCUAGAGCUGAAGACUGGAGAUAUCAUCGAAGUAACUGGAGAGGUGGAGGAAGGGUGGUGGAGUGGGCUCUUGAAUGGGAAGUCUGGACUGUUUCCCUCCAACUUUGUCAAAGAGAUGGACCCAAGUGAAGAUGGAGAAACAAACGAAGGUUCAGAUGAGUUCGAGAGCAAAGAUGAAUCCACUGGACCGACCUCUCCUCACCAUGGCAACGGAGUGAUUGCUCAGCCCAAAAAGGUCAAAGGUGUCGGUUUUGGUGACAUAUUCAGAGAGGGCUCGGUCAAGCUAAAAGUUCGUCUACCUUCGGAAACGGAUGAGAAGAAAGAAAAACCAAUUCCAUCUCUACCAUUGGCUGCAAAGCCCAGUCAUGUGACCAGCUCAGACUCUGCUAAAGUAGAGAGUGAAAACAAAACAAAAGAAUACUGCAAGGUUGCCUUUCCGUAUGAGGCCACAAAUCAGGACGAGCUGGACCUGAAAGAAGGAGACAUCAUUCAUAUACUGAGUAAGGAUACAGGGGAGCCAGGCUGGUGGAGAGGGGAAGUCAACGGCAGAGAGGGAGUCUUCCCUGACAACUUUGUGAUGGCCAUAUCAGACACAGAGAAAGAGAAAGAUAUUCCAGCAUCUAGAGGUUCUGUCAAAAUCUCUCCCAAACCUGAACUAGAAGAGAAGCCGAGAAAGCCACCUCCACCUUCCAAGUCAAUAGCCCCAAAGCCGGACCCACCCAGCGUUGACAAGAAACCACCGCAGUCCAAGCCAGAAGACAAAGUUGACAAACCAUUGCCAGAACACAAAACCUCCAAGCCUGCUCCAGUUGUCCCUCCCAAAAAACCAAUUCCCCUUCCCGGGAAAGGGCUCCCGCGUCCAGGAUCAGUUCUCCCCAAACGCCCUGACAAACCUCUCACUCCAUCUCUGAGCACCAAGCACAAUGGCGAAGUGCCACCCACUCGACCCAAGUCAGAAUUUGAGCCAACAUUAACCAGCAAACCAAAAACGUUACCUGGUGAAUUGGGAGAGAAGAGCUCAGAUGUUGCAGAUCUCAUGAGUUUCGAUGAUGUCUCCUCUACUUCCGAGAAGCUCUCUCAUCUCACUGCAAAUAGACCAAAGAUGCCUGGCAGGAGACUGCCAGCCCAGUUCGGCGGAGGCCAAUCUCCAAGCAGAGAGACCACAGAGAAAACUCUGAAAGUGGAGGAGGAAUUGGAUGCCUCUAGACCAAAGUCAGUGGAUGUUCCAAAGCAGCCGUCCAUCUCCACACCCUCGCCCGCCCCUGCUCAGAAAGCUGCCCCAGUCACAGCCACCGUCGCCACCCCGGAGCCCAAGCCGAAAGCCGAAGCUGACGAGGAGAAAGGAGCCGAAGUGGAAGACCUCAGGGCCCAAAUGAAGGAGCUGCUUCUCUCCAUAGAGUUACUAAAGUCACAGCAAUCGAGGGAGCUUGCUGAGCUGAGGAAUGAGCUGGAUGACGAGAAGCUGAGGAGGGUGACCCUGCAGAUGGAAAUAGAGAAACUGAAGAAGGCGAUCCAAUUGACGUGAAGACCGUCUGCAAAGCUUUGCUGUCAAACGGAAAGAGGGAAAAAGAAGAUAUCGUUCUUUAGUCCUGACAUCUUUUUAUCCACUGUCCUACUCCACGACUGUAAUAUUAACAUUUUGCACAUACUGAAGUUUUUUUUUCUAGCUAUAGAAAGGUGUAAUUAAGACAGAUGUACAUGUUAAUUUUUUCUUUCUUUUCUUUGCCAUGACAAAUUAUGGAGGCCUUACUUUACUACUGUGCUGGAACUACAGUCUCGACAUUUGUUUAGGGAAUGUCAGAGAACUGUUCUCAAUACUACUGAAUCUGUAUAAUGUAAUUGGGGGAUUCCUUUGUUUUUGUAUUUUAUGACGUGAAAGUAGAUUUUUUUUUUUUUUUUUUAAAAAGCUACUAUGUUUUCUGUAACAAUAUAUCUAUCUAUAUUAGCCUCUCCAGAUAAUUAUGAGCUAAAAUAAUGAUGCAUAUUUGUUGCUAUAGCAAUGAUGUACGUAUUGCUAUGUGAAAAAUGAGGUUGUGUUUCCUUUUAUUUUUGUUCUCCAACAUUCCUAUCCAGGGUAACACUUUCGUGCCUCUUUGAUUGUUUGUUUGUUUGUUUUUUUGGUUAAAAUGUGUUAAUGGGAGAUCUCAUAUAGGCGUAUGUAUUUGAGAGAAACGUAUAUACAGUAUAUCUCAGACUGCCUAGACUGACAUCAUCAUACAUAUAUUUUUAUGGUAUACACAUUGAAAAACAAAAUAUGAAAACAUUGGUUUUGUUGCUGUCACGUGAUUUUUUUUCCCCUCCUCAGAAAUCGAGAAUAACUGUAAAAUGUCAUAAAUGUCAGGGUUUUAUUUGGGUUCAGAUCAUAAUCCACUUCAAAAAUACAUCUGGUUUCUAUGAUAAACCAUCAUAAUCAUGCUAUGCCGCAGGACAGUGUAUGUCAUUGUUUAGUCUGUUUGUUUUGGUUUUUUUUCCUCCGCCCUCUGUUUCUCUCUUCCUGUUUUUUCAUGUUCCCUAAUAUGAAGACACCAGCCUUCAGUCUGCAUAACUGGACACACAAAUCAGUUUGGUUUGCUGAGAUAAUGCAUUUUAGAGCUGUUCCUCCUUGUUAUGUCGAAAUCCAGAGAGGAGCCUGUUCAAGAAAAGACUCUGAGAGUGCUGAAGUGGAUAUUCAUUCAGUGGAAGAUUGCUCUUCUACUGUACUCUCCAUAUACUUCUUACUUUCUUUUUUCUCCUUUUUUUGUCUUUUUUUGCUAGACAUGGGAGUUUCAUUUGUUUUUCAACGUUCCUCUGCAGCCAUGCACGGGAGAGACUUAAAGGGUCGUAAAGCGAUGAUGUUGGGUUGGUUCUGAAUAGUACUCUUGUAUUCUGAAGAGUUGACGGGUGUUUUUAGGGUGGGGAAUAUUGGGCACAGCUCUGGUGGCGGUGGCGUUGUAAUCUAGAUCCGUCUGUUGAAUAUCAUGUUGUGUGCAUGAUGGAGGGGCCAACGCCAGAGCACUAAGCCUUAAUGAUGGCUUUUUGGGAGAUGAGAAGAAAAUCACACUAGAAAUGGAAGGAGCAUGAACUGUGUGUGCGUGCGUGCAUGUGUGUGUGUGCAUGCUCCUAAUCUCCUGCUCUUUAUCAACAGUGCCACCCAAACACGUAUACAUCAGCAUUCCCCUUAAAUACUGGAUUGAAUGUUCAAGAUUGCACAAAAUGAUUGCUCACAGAUUUAUUGAUAUUCCAGCUUCCCCCCGCCCCUCGAAAUACUGUGGAUGGCCUUGUCAGAAAUGUUCAGAUUUUUUCCUCUGCAUUACAGACCUUUUUACUUUUAAGAAAUUUGACCACAACUCGCUGUGCAAAUAUGUGGCUAAGCCGACACUCACAAACUUACAGUCUUACAGUCGACCAGAAAAUGAAAUGAGUUUGUCCAUGGAAGUACACUAGGCAGUGUACUUACUCCUCAGGCUCCCCCAUUCCUUACACAGGACGGGAUUAAACGUUUGACAUCAGGGGCCCUCUUUGUGAUUGUCUAUCUGUGAGUGCGUGUGUUUUUAGAUGUGCAGUUUUUGCAUGGAAGUGUGUAUGUGUGGCAUUUUUGAAUUCUUUCUGUGGCUUUAAAACGGAGCAAGAUGACAUAUUGGUCUCUGCAGCAAUAAACAAAAAUGAAAUG